AUGGGCAUUGGGCACACAUUUACUCUGUGGGUGGUAAAUGUUGCUGCAAAUGGACAGGGGAAUAUUUUGAUUACUGGUAUUUCACUUCUGGUAAUUGUUAACAAUAUUGUGUCUUGUUUUUUGGAAGAAGAUACUGGAAUGGGGAUUCAUUUGAAUAGGGAUUCAUUUGAGCUGCAGUGGGGAGACCACAUCGAAGAUGUCAUAGGACGAGCAUACAGAGCACUGCAUAAGGAACACUUGCCAUAUGCGGAUGACUCAAAUGCAGUAACACCAAUGUCGGAAGAAAAUGGUGCUAUAGUGGUUCCUGUCUACUAUGCCAGCAUUGGUUCACGAAAUUCAUCGUAUACCUCACAUGCAUCACGAGUUUCGUAUACAUCUCAUGGUGACCUACUUGGUGGUGUUCCUGUCACAAAGGAGAGCCGACUUCGUGGAAGAAGUCGUAACAAUCCUGCUCCCCCAAACACUGUGCCCUACAUGUCUGCUGCCAUGAACCACAAGCACCCUUUUGAUGCUUCUUUAGACAGUGAAGAUGGACCAGCCAAAAUGAAACAUCAAGACAAUCCAUUUAUAGAGCCUACACAACAACAAACUGUUGUUGAUAUGAAAGAUGUGAUGGUGUUGAACGACAUCAUAGAACAAGCAGCAGGCCGGCAAAGCAGGGCAAGUGAACAUGGAGCAGCUGAUGAUGAUGAUGAUGAAGGUCCUACAGUGAAAGAAAAAAUUCUUGCAUUCUGUAUUCGUUGCAUUGAUAUCUUCUGUGUAUGGGACUGCUGUUGGUUGUGGUUAAAAUUCCAAGAAUAUGUUGCACUCAUAGUGUUUGAUCCUUUUGUUGAACUCUUCAUUACAUUGUGCAUUGUUGUCAACACACUUUUCAUGGCUCUUGAUCAUCAUGACAUGAACAAGGACAUGGAAAAAGCAUUGAAAAGUGGAAAUUAUUUCUUCACAGCAACUUUUGCAAUUGAAGCAACUUUAAAACUAAUUGCCAUGAGUCCAAAAUAUUAUUUUCAAGAAGGCUGGAAUAUUUUUGAUUUUAUUAUUGUGGCUCUGUCUUUAUUGGAACUGGGACUUGAAGGAGUUCAAGGCCUGUCAGUGCUCAGGUCAUUUCGACUGCUCAGAGUUUUCAAGCUUGCAAAAUCAUGGCCAACUCUGAAUUUGCUAAUUUCUAUAAUGGGUAGAACUGUUGGUGCCUUAGGAAAUUUGACCUUUGUGUUAUGUAUAAUUAUAUUCAUAUUUGCUGUUAUGGGUAUGCAGUUAUUUGGUAAGAACUAUACAGAUUAUGUGGAAAGAUUUCCAGACCAGGACUUACCCAGAUGGAACUUCACAGACUUCAUGCAUUCCUUCAUGAUUGUAUUUCGUGUACUGUGUGGAGAAUGGAUAGAAUCCAUGUGGGAUUGUAUGCUUGUUGGAGACUGGUCAUGUAUACCCUUCUUUUUGGCCACAGUUGUAAUUGGAAACUUAGUUGUCCUUAAUCUUUUCUUGGCGCUGCUACUCAGUAACUUUGGUUCAUCAAACUUGUCAGCUCCAACAGCUGACAAUGACACCAACAAGAUUGCAGAGGCAUUUGAUCGCAUUUCAAGGUUUAUCAACUGGAUGAAACGUAGUAUGCUAAAUUUGGCAAAAUUGAUGAGGGCCAAAUUAACUAACCAGAUUUCCGAUCAGACGCCAGAUGCCCAUGACCGAGAUGCUGAUGCAGAUUAUGUUGGAGAUGAGAUAAUAGCUGAUGGGAUAGUGUACAGAGACAAGAAAUUUCUCAAAGAACAAACUCAAGUGGAAGUUGCAAUUGGUGAUGGGAUGGAAUUCACAAUUCAUGGUGACCUUAAAAAUAAACUGAAGAAGGGUAAACUAAUGAUGAACAAUGCCAAACUGAUUGGGAAUUCUAUCAAGGAGAACCAUCAAGAUAACAGGAUAGAAAAUGAAUACUAUAAGCAAAGAUUAGAAGAAGAUGUCAUAAGUAAUAAAUCCUAUGGCAGUCACAAAAACCGUCCAUUUAAGGAUGACAGCCAUAAAGGUAGUGCUGAGACACUAGAUGGAGAGGAGAAAAAAGAUAUUAGCAAAGAAGAUCUGGAGGAUGAGGGAGAUCUUGAAGAAGAAGGUGAAGGGGAAGAAGGUCUUCUGGAAGAAGAUAUGGCACUCGAAGCUGGCUCAGAAGAUGCAGCAGGGCAAGAAUACCCGUCCGACUGUUUUCCAGAGCCUUGUUAUAAGCGUUUCCCAUUCCUUGCCGGUGACGAUGAUGCACCAUUUUGGCAAGGUUGGGCAAACCUUCGUUUGAAGACCUUCCAGCUAAUUGAGAACAAAUAUUUUGAGACAGCUGUCAUCACUAUGAUUCUGCUCAGCAGUCUAGCAUUGGCAUUGGAAGAUGUCCAUUUACAACAGAGGCCCAUUCUUCAAGAUAUUUUGUACUAUAUGGAUCGAAUAUUCACUGUUAUUUUCUUCCUUGAGAUGUUAAUUAAAUGGCUGGCCUUGGGUUUUAGAAAAUAUUUUACAAAUGCCUGGUGCUGGCUAGAUUUCAUCAUUGUGAUGGUCUCGCUCAUAAACUUCGUAGCAUCCUUGUGUGGGGCAGGAGGCAUACAAGCCUUCAAAACUAUGAGGACUCUCAGGGCCCUUAGGCCUCUUAGAGCUAUGUCUAGAAUGCAGGGGAUGAGGGUUGUCGUCAAUGCUCUUGUGCAAGCUAUUCCCAGCAUCUUUAAUGUGUUAUUGGUUUGUUUGAUAUUCUGGCUCAUUUUUGCUAUUAUGGGAGUACAGCUGUUUGCUGGAAAAUACUUCAAGUGUCAAGACUCCAACGACACUACAUUAAGUCAUGAAAUUAUCCCAGACAAGAACUCUUGUUUGGCAGAAAAUUACACUUGGGUGAAUUCACCGAUGAAUUUUGAUCAUGUUGGAAAAGCCUACUUAUGCCUCUUUCAAGUUGCAACAUUCAAAGGAUGGAUACAGAUCAUGAAUGAUGCUAUAGAUUCAAGAGAGGUGGACAAGCAGCCAAUCCGAGAAACCAACAUUUAUAUGUACCUGUAUUUUGUAUUCUUCAUUAUCUUUGGAUCAUUUUUCACUCUUAAUCUGUUCAUUGGAGUGAUUAUUGACAACUUUAAUGAACAGAAGAAAAAGAUAAGUGGCUCUUUGGAAUUGUUCAUGACUGAGGAUCAGAAGAAGUACUAUAAUGCUAUGAAGAAAAUGGGCUCAAAGAAACCCCUAAAGGCUAUACCACGUCCAAGGUGGAAGCCCCAAGCAAUCGUAUUUGAAAUUGUGACCAAUAAAAAGUUCGACAUGAUAAUCAUGUUGUUCAUUGGCUUAAAUAUGCUGACGAUGACGCUAGAUCACUAUCAGCAAACAGAAACCUUCAGUCAAGUUUUAGACUACCUCAAUAUGAUCUUCAUAGUCAUUUUUAGUUCAGAAUGCCUUAUGAAAAUAUUUGCCCUUCGAUAUCACUACUUCAAAGAACCAUGGAAUCUCUUUGAUUUUGUAGUUGUGAUUUUGUCUAUACUAGGUUUGGUGCUCAGUGAUAUUAUUGAGAAGUACUUUGUGUCGCCAACUCUUCUGAGGGUCGUUCGAGUAGCAAAAGUGGGCAGAGUGCUCCGUCUAGUUAAAGGUGCUAAAGGCAUCAGAACUCUUUUGUUUGCAUUGGCGAUGUCAUUGCCAGCACUGUUUAACAUCUGUCUGCUACUCUUCCUAGUGAUGUUCAUCUUUGCCAUUUUUGGUAUGUCAUUCUUUAUGAAUGUGAAGGAGAAGAGUGGGAUUGAUGAUGUCUAUAACUUCAAAACUUUUGGACAGUCAAUGAUCCUACUUUUCCAGAUGUCAACAUCUGCUGGAUGGGAUGGUGUACUAGAUGGAAUUAUUAAUGAGGAAAACUGCAACAAGCCCAACAGUGAAAUUGGCUAUCCUGGAAAUUGUGGUUCGGCUACUGUAGGCAUUGCUUUUCUCCUGUCAUACCUUGUAAUAAGUUUCCUCAUCGUCAUCAACAUGUACAUAGCAGUCAUCUUAGAAAACUACUCACAGGCAACAGAAGACGUCCAGGAAGGCCUCACAGAUGAUGACUAUGACAUGUACUAUGAAAUAUGGCAGCAAUUUGACCCCAAUGGUACACAGUAUAUCCGUUAUGAUCAGUUAUCUGAUCUCUUUGAUGUGCUGGAGCCACCAUUGCAGAUCCACAAGCCAAAUAAGUACAAGAUAGUGUCAAUGGACAUACCAAUCUGCAAAGGGGACCUAAUGUACUGCGUGGAUAUUUUGGACGCACUCACAAAGGACUUCUUUGCGCGGAAAGGGAACCCAAUUGAUGAGACUGCAGAGCUGGUAGAGGUUAAAGUGGGACAGCCAGGUUACGAGCAUGUUUCAUCAACAUUGUGGCGUCAGCGAGAAGAGUACUGUGCGCGCCUCAUCCAGAAUGCAUGGCGGAAGCACAAACAGCAGCGGCUCGGUGGGCCCAGUGAUGAGUCAGACGUCGUGCCCUGCGAUGGCGACAUCGACGCAGAUGGUAGCGACGAUCGUCGACAGACAGCCGUGCUUGUCGAGAGCGACGGCUUCGUCACCAAGAACGGCCACCGUGUCGUCAUCCAUUCGCGCUCGCCCAGCGUGACGUCGCGGUCAACGGACGUGUGAGCACGGCCGCCCCUCCCCCCGCCCCCGCC